AUGGGCAACACACUAAAAAUAUGUACCGGAAAACAAAAAGUAUCAAAUUCCUCCGUUAGUCAAGUCGCCAAGAACUUCACCUGCGAAAUAUGUGUCGAGUUGACCCUUCCAUGGGAAAGGAAAUUCAAGAAUAAUGACAUUUGCAAUCACCCUUUUUGCAAAGAAUGCAUUACCAAGUAUAUCCAAGUUAAGGUUGAAGAAGACAAUGUUGCAUUGGUCAAGUGUCCGUGCCUAAAAUGCGAUUUUAAUUUGGACCCACUUUCCUGUUGUUCGAUCCUCCCUGUUAAGCUUUUCGAAAGAUGGUGUGAUCUCUUGUGUGAGGAUUCCAUCUUGGGUGUGGAUCAUUGUUAUUGCCCUAAUCGAGAGUGUUCUGCGUUGAUCAUGAAUGAAUGCCGAGGGAAUGUGAAGAGAUCGGUUUGUCCUAAGUGUAAACACGAGUUCUGUUACAAGUGUAAAAUUUCGUGGCAUGCUGGAUUUUCUUGCGAAGAGAGUGGAGUGGUUAGGGAUCCAAACUAUGCUGCUUUCGGGGCUCUUGCCGAGAAGAAGGAGUGGAAGAGGUGUCCUAGAUGUAGGCAUUGUAUUGAGCUUCGAGGAGGUUGCUUAAUUGUCAAUUGCAGAUGUGGCACUCGGUUUUGCUACAAGUGCGGGAAGAAGAAAAAUCUACAUUGGUGCAAAUGCAACUUCAAUGUGGGGUGUUACAAUCUAUUUUUAUAG